AUGUAUGUUGUUGGUAUCGAUUUUGGUUGCGGGUUAGCAACAGGCCAAACUGGAAGAGGGGAUAGCAUACAUACCCUGUGCUCAUGGAUCCGAAGUAACCCAGACAAGCUCAACAUUGAGCUCUCAGCUUGCAUUGCGGUCAUGAUGGUGCCAUUUCCAGUAUCCUCGCCGGCUACGGUUCUAUUCUGCUUGAUAACUGUUCUGGUUAUCUCACGGGUGGUCUCGAACCGAAAGCUACGAACCAAGCGGGAGAACAUCGUGACGAUCGGUGUCAACAUCAAAAACAACACAAAUGGCAUCAUUAGCCAGACGUCAGCGCUUCUUCGCUCUCUCACUUCAACAUCAGAGUGGGCUCGGAAUGGAUACCAACGCUUUUCAAAGACCCCUAUUCAGAGGGCCUUUGCACUACCCAGCAUGUGGACGGGAUCUGACGUGGUGGUGCUGCCUCCGGCUCUGCUCACAUCUGUUCUCAACCGACCAGAGGCCGAGCUUGCCGCACAUCACGCCCAGCUCGACACGAUUCAGCUGCCGUACAUGAUGAGCGACUCGGAUGUCUACAACAAUCCAAUCCAGUAUGACGUUAUCCGCCGGACCAUGUCCCGCCAGCAUGUUGGUUCACUUGCGGCAACAACGGCAAAGGAGUUGCAGAAUGCCUUCUCGACCUACUGGUCCGCUCCAGUCAAGCAUGACCGGGACUGGGCAACACUUGACAACUGGGAGGCUUGUGGUAAGGUUUUCACCCGUGUAGCCAUGCUAUCAUUCGUCGGCUCUCCGCUCGGUCAUGACGAGAGGUUACUCGACUGGGCCCGCAAAUAUGCCAGCUCGGUGAUUACCGGUACCGCCUUCAUCAACUGCCUGCCUCCGGGCUGGAUUCGAUCAAGUGCAGGGCCCUUGUUUGGGAUCCAAGCAAGGUACUACCAGUCUCGCUGCCUCCGAAUAAUGGUUCCCGUCAUACAGGAGAGGGUCUGGAAGCUCCAGAAUGGUGCCGGGCAGGACGUGGAUGACUUCCUCCAGUCGACCAUCCUGCGUUGCUCUCGAACGGGAGAUCCCCGGCAGAUGGACCCCCAGCGCAUCGCUCUUAGGCUCCUCGGCCUGGCUACCAUGUCCAUCAUGGGCAUGGUGUACGUUUUCACGCACUGCGUUGCUGAUGUGUACGGAAUGCCUGACCGCAAGCGAGAAGAGCUGCUCGCCGCGCUCGAGGCGGAAUGCAAGCGGGAAGCCAGGCCAGACGAAGGUGUCCCGUUUUCUCUUCUCGACUCAACCUUGAACGAGUCCAUGCGUCUCAACAAUAUCAGCGUCACCAGUUUGGCACGGGAUGUGGCCGUUGAUAGCCUUCAUAUCCCGGGUGUUGAAAAGGCGGGUGACGAUGCUGGCGGUAUUUCCUACACGUUGCCACGCGGUUCCCGCAUCGUCUUUCCAACACAGGAGAUGCAUAGGGAUGAGGGGGUGUAUGGGCGUAACCCGGAGGAGUUUGAUCCCUUCCGGUUCUAUCGAGAGUUUCAGACAGAAGGGGGGAGAUUCGAUGAUAUGUGUAAGGGUCUGCUGGUGUUUGGGUAUGGAAAGCACGCCUGUCCAGGCAGGCACUACGCUAUGCAGACGCUGAGGCAGACUCUGGCAUAUCUGGUGCUCAAUUACGAUGUUGCGUUGGUUGGUCCAGUUGAUGCUGAUGGGGGGCAUGCCUUGCGAGGGAAGAGGCAAACGCUGUUGAACGUGAACGUGCCCAACGUAGAUCUCAAGAUCCGCGUCAGGCGCAAGAGAUAG